GAAUAUAAAUUGCUAAACCGAAAUCGGUAGAGAAGAAAAGAACACGUAAGAAAGAGCUGAAGAUGUCGUCCACAUCUCUGCUACCUAUCAAUGGAGGCCACCUUCUCUUCACUCAAGGCUCAUCCUUUCCCAAUUACCAUCCUUCUGCAACUCUCUACAAGUGGGGAUGGAAAAGGCAACAAGGUGGAAAUGUAGUUGCUUACAGAACCAAUGGCCAUGCUCUUCAAAUUUUGGCCAAUCCUAAUGUCUCUUCAAGGAAAAGAGACUCAAGUAAUCAAGUGAUCAUGGUUGAUCCUUUGGAAGCCAAGCGGUUGGCUGCCAAGCAAAUGGAAGAAAUCAAAGCAAAAGAGAAGUACAAGAGAAAACGUCAAAUAGAAGCAAUUAAUGGUGCAUGGGCAAUGAUUGGUCUUACAGCAGGCUUGGUUGUUGAAGCUCAAACUGGAAAAAGCAUUCUGGACCAGUUGGUUGGCUACUGGAAUGCUAUUGUCAGCAUCUUCAUGCCACAGUGAUCAUUUGAGUUUAUGGUUGAAGAAUUGCGGAUUCAUUCUUGUAUCAUUUGAUCUUUUAAAUAAGGGUUGCAUCUUGUAAUAUAUUUAUGUACCAUAUAUGUUGUAGUUGCACCAAAGGCUCUGUGCUGCUAAUCGAUUUCUAAUUCACUGCAGCAUUCUUUUCACUUGAACUACAUUGGUGUAGAAGAAUUAAAGAUUUUUAUAUUGAAAUAGUGGAGAUUGUUGUUAUGA